AUGAGGCUGCAGCUGGAGCGAUGCCGGGGCGAGUGGCGGGAGCUGGAGGAGGAGUUCCGGCAGCUGCAGGAAACACACAAAGUUUACAGGCAGAAACUGGAAGAAGUCACUAGCUUGCAGACAGCCUGCAGCAGCUCCAUACAUCGGCAGAAGAAGACACUAAGGGAUCUGAAGCACAGCCUGCAACGGUGCAAGCACAAAGCAAGUCCUGAAGAAUUUGCUCUUAUUCAGGAGAUCAGUACCCAGAUCAAGGAGAGGCAAAAUGCCUUCUUUGACAUGGAAGCCUACCUGCCAAAGAAGAAUGGCCUGUACUUAAAUCUGGUGCUGGGAAACGUGAAUGUAACUCUCCUGAGUAACCAAGCAAAGUUUGCCUACAAGGACGAGUAUGAAAAGUUCAAACUUUAUCUGACUAUAAUCUUGUUACUCGGGGCUGUCACCUGCAGGUUUAUUCUCCACUAUAGGGUGACAGAUGAAGUGUUCAACUUUCUAUUAGUGUGGUAUUACUGCACGCUGACGAUACGGGAAAGCAUUCUCAUCAGCAAUGGAUCCAGGAUCAAAGGCUGGUGGGUGUCUCAUCACUACGUCUCCACAUUCCUGUCUGGAGUAAUGUUAACAUGGCCAGAUGGACUCAUGUAUCAGAUGUUUCGCAGCCAGUUUUUAGCAUUUUCAAUAUUUCAGAGUUGUGUGCAGUUCCUACAGUAUUAUUACCAAAGGGGUUGCCUUUACAGACUCCGUGCUUUAGGGGAGAGAAACCACUUGGACCUUACAGUGGAAGGAUUUCAGUCCUGGAUGUGGCGGGGGCUGACGUUUCUCCUUCCCUUCUUGUUCUUUGGGCAUUUCUGGCAGCUAUAUAAUGCAAUCACACUGUUCGGAUUGUCGAGGCAUGAGGAGUGCAAAGAAUGGCAGGUUUUUGUGUUGGCUUUCACGUUUCUGCUGCUCUUCCUUGGGAACUUCCUCACUACUCUCAAAGUGGUGCACACUAAACUCCAGAAAAACAAAGACAAAAUGAAAAAGCUGUGA